AUGAAUUGCUGAGAUUAAUCGGAAAAUCAAUUAAAGCGAAACGUAGUGAUUUAGUUAGUAAAGCAGGCUUGGCUGAAGAGAACACAUCCAAAGUGUAACAAUUGAUUUUUUUUUCAAUAAUGAAAACUGAGAAAAUUGGUAUUGUGGGCAGCGGCCUUAUUGGCCGAGCGUGGUCCAUGUUAUUUGCCUCGGUUGGCUAUAAGGUCAUGCUAUAUGACAUUCUUCCCGAACAGUUAACAUCGGCUCUGGAGUACGUUGACCUUGAACUGCAUCGUCUUGAGCAGCAAGGCUUACUACGGGGUCAUCUCAGUGCUGAACAGCAAUUUCAAUGUAUAAAAACAACCACGGACAUGCAGGAGAUGACAAUGGGAGCCCUCUUCAUACAGGAAUGCAUACCAGAACGCAUUGAAUGGAAGAAGUCAUUGUACCAGCAACUGGAUGACAUACUCGAGGAACAAACGAUUGUUUCCAGCUCAACAAGCACUUUUAUGCCCUCACUGUUCAGCCAUGGUCUCAAGCAUAGACACAAUAUUUUGGUUUCACAUCCCUUAAAUCCCCCCUACUACAUACCCCUGGUGGAGAUUGUUCCCGCUCCCUGGACCUCACCAAAGGCCAUAGAGUUCACCAAGCAAUUGAUGUUGGAAAUAAAACAAAAACCGGUCACCUUAAAACGCGAAGUCUUGGGCUUUGCCACCAACCGCAUCCAAUAUGCCAUACUCAAUGAAAUUUGGCAUUUGGUCGACAAGGACAUACUCACAGUGGCUGACAUUGAUGCGGUUAUGACACAAGGCCUGGGUUUACGUUAUGCCCUUUUGGGUCCCCUUGAAACGGCUCAUUUGAAUGCCGAUGGUAUUGCAGACUAUGUGCAGCGUUUUGGAGAUGAAAUUCACAAAGUCAGUGAGACAUAUGAUCCCAUACCCAGAAUGGAGAGUGGGUCAACUUUGGAUAAAAUCGCCCAACAGUGUGAGGAAAUGGUACCAAAAGCGGAACUCAGCGCAAGAAGAAAGGAAAGAGAUGAGUUUCUAAUAAAACUGGGGGCUCUGAAGAAGGAAUUCGAGAAAUGAGGAGAAAGAAAUUUAAAUUUGAGGAAAGUUUUUACGAAUGAAGAA